CGGCGCCGAGGCGGAGGGCGGCGAUGGGGGCCCGGGGCGGCGGGCGCCGCACUCGCUGAGGCCCGACGCAGGGCCGGGCCGGGCCCAGGCCGAGCGCAGCGGCCGCACGCGCCGACGCGAGGAUCGCGACCAGCAGGUGGAGUGCAGGCGCUGGGGUCAUUCAGUAACCAGAGCCUCUUGAGGAAAACACUUGUCCACGGUAGGCCACCAAGGAGCCUUGGAGCAGUUGACCCCAGCCCUGCAGGUUGGACACCCUUGAGGACAGCCAUCACCUGGCCCUGCUAACUGUGCCUUGGACGGCUGUUCUCAGUGAAGGACCGUGCGCCCGCCCCUGAGCAGCGACCAUGGGCCUGCUUGCCUACCUGAAGACCCAGUUCGUGGUGCACCUGCUCAUUGGUUUCGUCUUUGUGGUGAGCGGGUUGGUUAUCAACUUCACCCAGCUGUGCACACUGGCCCUCUGGCCUAUCAGCAAGCAGCUAUACCGCCGCAUCAACUGCCGCUUGGCCUACUCGCUCUGGAGCCAGCUGGUCAUGCUCCUGGAGUGGUGGUCCUGCACGGAGUGCACUCUCUUCACCGACCAGGCCACCGUGGACCACUUUGGGAAGGAGCACGCAGUUGUCAUCCUUAACCACAACUUCGAGAUCGACUUCCUUUGUGGGUGGACCAUGUGUGAGCGGUUUGGCGUGCUGGGGAGCUCCAAGGUGCUGGCUAAGAGGGAGCUGCUGUGCGUGCCUCUCAUCGGCUGGACGUGGUACUUCCUAGAGAUCGUAUUCUGCAAAAGGAAGUGGGAAGAAGACCGGGACAUUGUCAAAGAAGGACUGAAGCGCUUGGCAGACUACCCAGAAUACAUGUGGUUUCUCUUGUACUGCGAAGGAACACGCUUUACAGAGACCAAGCACCGCAUCAGCAUGGAGGUGGCUGCUUCCAAGGGGCUGCCCCCCCUCAAGUACCACCUGCUACCCCGGACCAAGGGUUUUACCACUGCAGUCCAGUGCCUCCGGGGGACAGUUGCAGCUAUCUACGAUGUGACCCUGAACUUCAGAGGGAGUAAGAACCCAUCCCUGCUGGGGAUCCUCUAUGGAAAGAAAUAUGAGGCAGACAUGUGUGUGAGGAGGUUUCCACUGGCAGACAUCCCAGCAGACGAGAAUGACGCAGCCCAGUGGCUUCACAAGCUGUACCAGGAGAAGGACGCCCUGCAAGAGAUGUACAAGCAGAAGGGUGUAUUCCCAGGGGAGCGGAUCAAGCCUGCCCGAAGGCCGUGGACCCUCCUGAACUUCUUGUGCUGGGCCACCAUCCUCCUCUCUCCCCUAAUCAGCUUUGUCCUGGGCGUUUUCGCCAGCGGAUCCCCGCUCCUCAUCCUGACGUUCUUGGGGUUUGUGGGAGCAGCUUCCUUCGGAGUCCGAAGACUGAUAGGAGUGACUGAAAUAGAAAAAGGUUCCAGCUAUGGCAACCAAGAGCUUAAGAAAAAGGAAUAAUUAAUGCUGUGAUUGAACACCCAUAACCUGACGCGGUAUCCAAUUAACUCAAUUAAAAACCGAACACACAGAGCGAGGGAAAGGGA